CACUUGCUUUGUGAUUUUUAAAUCUGUGGACUUGCUGUUAUUUUGAAUAAAUCAUUAUUUGAGACAUAAGAUUGUUUUACAUAUGUUUGGUUACAUUAAUGACUGACCUUUAUUUAUAUUCAUAAGUUAAUUAGUAUUAUAGAACAAUAAACCAAACAAAAUACAUAGUGAGAAAGGAAAUGUGGUGGUGCAUUAAUUUAAUAAAAGUAAAAAUAAAAAGCGGAAUAAAAAGCUGAGCAACAAAGUAUAGUGAAUCUUCAGGUUAAUUCAGGUUAAUUGGGACAUUUUUUCCCAGUCAUCCCAUUGGCAAAAAGUUUCCCAAUUUACCUGAAUUCACUCUAUAUGACUGGCCGAAACAUCAGUACAACAAGCUAAUUAAUAUUCAUAAGAUUAGUCGUCUGGUUAUCUUCAUCACAACCCGUCCAUUUCCAUGGCUAACCAUGGAUCUUCAUCAUUGCUGUUACAUUUGGUUUCCAGAUAGCACAGGUACAUCUCUAAGAUGUCUGCUAAAGAGCGCUUAACAUCUGUUGUGUACAAACAUCUGAUAAACAUCUUAGAAAAGCAGUUUUGCAUAAACUAUUUAACAUCUGACAGGAAACAUCUUAGAGAAGUUUUACAGAUGAGCAAACAAUCUAAAAAAUACAUCUUGCAAAUGUAAAUGCAGACAUCAAAUAGACGUAUCAGUGAUGUACGUGCUAUCAGGGUUGCUGCUUCGCCAGGCUUUAAAAUGUUUAAAGCACGAAAUGGAAACUGAUGAUGCUCUGAUUAGGACUCCUGAUAGCACACAUUCAUCUCAGACACGUCUAUUUGAUGUAUGAUGGAAGUAUUUGCUUAUAUGCAAUACCACUCUAAGACGUUCCCUGUCAGAUGUUAUAUAGACAUUUAGAAAAUGUCUUUAAGAUGUUUAUGAUUUAGAACGUAUGUAAAACUACAUUUUAAAAGAUGAUUAUCAGAUGUCUGUACAUAGCAGAUGUUUUCCAGAUGAAGCGCUCUAUAAAAGACAUCAUGAAGAUGCAUGUGUACAUUUCACAAUUAACUGUAGCAAAGGAAAUGAUCCACUGGAUUUUUCCAUGACAUAUGCUUUUCUUCUGGGAGUCAUUCCAUGAUCUGGAAACCUGAUAUGAGCAGGAAGUCUGGGAGUCAUAGCUUUGUGGGGGGAAAGGUGGUACAUUUAGUAUUGUGGUAGAAAUUCCCCUACUCACUUAAGUUAAUCCAGGGCGUCUUCUAAUCAACACCCAAGUGUUGUGUCUCCUAAUCUACGCUUACAAAAUUUAUCCUCUAGCGUAUCUCCUAGUCGAUGUCUUGCUGAGUCGGACAACAUAUUGCCCUCUAUGAACACUAUCACUUGAGAAUAAGAUCUCUAGUACUCCACUAACCUGCUGUGCAGCAUAAACUAGCCAAGAUGUAACAAAACUAGACACGGUCUAGUUGUCUAGUUUUGAUUCCUCUUGUUAUAUUCAGGCACACUAAUUUUGGCUCAAGAGUGUUAGGGAACAUUUAGUAUUCAAAAACAUAUAAAUGUUAUUCCUGCAAGAAAAAGAAUUGUUAGUUAUGUUAGAAUCAAGAAUUAAAAUGUCCUUACAGUAUUGAUUAGUAUUAAUUCAGUAGAUCCCCAAUAUUAGCUCUACAGUAAAACCAUCGAGUCCUGAAAUGUGGAAAAACUGCUGCACGCAAGAAAUAUUUCAUGCUUAGCAUAUGAAAGCACAGUUAAAGUAGUUAAUAUUUGACUAGUUUCGCUGCUCACCAAAACAAUAGACAGUCGCCCCCUUCAGGUCAAAGUCGAAAACGCAGUUCUUGACUGGAUCAUUUCCGUCAGAGAGAGGCUCAAGGGAGAAGACGAAGGAGGCCUGUCGAAAGUGAAAGUAGCGGAAGCAUUGGAGAGCUGCAGGACAGGUAGACAAGAUGGCUUCUGUUCCAGAGCAGCUUCUGGAAGCAGUGGAUGAGCUGGACAAUGACAAACCAAAGAGGCAAAAAAGUGCAAUUACGGCUGAUGAACUGGAGAAGGCUGAUGCAGUGGAUGGACUGAUGCAGACAAUCACCCUCUCUCACACUGCAGUCAGUGUUGAUCUGAAUGCUAAAACAGGUGCAAUUGUAAAUUCUCCUAUACUCACUGGAAACAUCAUCCAAGGCCCAGUAAUCUUCAGCUUCAAUUCAACCACUGGUGCUGUCGAGCCACAAAAUGGAACCGAGGGACAGACCUCUGAAAAACAAGAGGACAAUGUCUUGCAAAAAAUCCUGAAAAAGCACAAAGACAACAUGAAGGCCAAAACAGAACGUGUUUUUGAAGGCAAAAAAGACAACAAAAUACAUCUCAACAAAGUGUACACUGAACUCUUCAUCACUGAAGGGGACAUUUCAGAUGUGUAUGAUGAACAUGAAGUUCUGAAGAUUGACCGUGUCUUGAAAACGCCCAAAUUUGAGGACACACCGAUCAACUGCAAUGAGAUAUUCUGUUUAUUGAGGCAAAAGGAGGAGGGAAACAUCGUGUUGACCAAAGGCAUUGCUGGCAUCGGAAAGACAUUCUCCGUGCACAAGUUCAUCUUGGACUGGGCUGAAGGAAAAGCCAAUCUGGAUGUGGACUGUGUGUUUCUGCUUGCAUUCAGAGAGAUUAACUUGAUUAAUGAUGGUAAAGAGGUCAGUCUGCAUGAGCUUCUGCUGGAAUUUUAUCCUGAAUUGAAUGACGUGGAAAACACCAAGUUUUAUAAAAAAUGCAACCUGGCAUUUAUCUUUGAUGGGCUUGAUGAGAGUCGCCUGGAACUUAAUUUUAACUGUAAGCCAGUGAAAUGUGUGAAUGAACGAUCAUCUGCUGACGCUUUGUUUACAAGCCUCGUUAAAGGGAAACUGCUUCCAUCAGCACUCGUCUGGGUGACGUCACGACCAGCGGCGGCCAAUCAGAUCCCUCCUGAGUACGUAGGAUUGUUCACGGAGGUACGCGGAUUCACCGACCAGCAGAAAGAAGAGUACUUCAGAAAAAGGAUCAAAGAUGAGACUCAGGCUUCCAAAGUGAUUUGCCACAUUAGGACAUCUCGUAGUCUCUACAUCAUGUGCCACAUUCCCGUGUUCUGCUGGAUCACGGCCACUGUUCUUCAGGAUGUUCUUAUCAAGAACAAUGGCCAAGAUAUUCCCUCGACACUCACCGAAAUGUACAUCCAUUUUCUGCUGAUACAGAUGAAUAUAAAAAACCAGAAGUACGAAGAGAAACUUGAAAGAGAUCGCACAAAAGUCUUGGUCUCAAAUAAAGAAAUUAUUUCCAAGUUGGCAAUGCUGGCAUUUGAACAGCUGAAGAAGGAAAACGUCAUGUUCUAUGAGAAGGAUCUAAAAGCAUGUGGCAUCAAUGCAAGUGAAGAGUCCACAGGAUUGUGCACUGAAAUCUUCAAGAAAGACUCUGUCCUGCAUGAGAUGAAGGUGUAUUACUUCAUACAUUUGAGUGUGCAGGAGUUUCUUGCUGCAUUGCAUGUGUUCCUCUGCUAUUUGAAGCAGGAUAUGGAUGAGCUAGCGUUCUUCCUGGAGAAUGCGCGUCCUAAGAAAGACCAAAUGCUGUACAUUUUGCUGAAAAAGGCGAUUGAUAAAGCCAAGAUGAGUGAGCGAGGGCAUUUUGACCUCUUCCUGCGUUUUUUGCUGGGCAUUUCUCUUGAGUCCAAUCAGAGACUCCUCAUUGGCUUGCUGGACGAAACGCUGGACAGUAGAAAAUGCAUCAAUAAAACUAUCCAAUACAUCAAGGAAUUGCAAAACAACGACAAGUGCCCAGAUAAAUCCAUCAACCACUUCUUCUGCAUACUGGAACUGCAGGACAGAACCCUGUACCAACAAAUCAUGAAAUAUCUGAGGUCAGAAAGUGGCCAGCCAAAAAUGGUGUCCAAGUCUAACUGCUCAGCUCUGGUCUAUGUGCUUCUGAUGUCAGAAGAGGUGCUGGAGGACUUCAACCCAAAGGCAUUCAACAACACAUAUCCCGGAUGCAGGAGACUCGUGCCAGCCGUGAGAUGCUGCAGAAAAGCCCUGUUUUCAGACUGUGGACUGACAGAAACUUGCUGUGAAACUGUGGCUUCGGCUCUCCAGCUAGAAGACUGUCCUCUGAGAGAGCUGGACCUGAGUCACAACUACAGUAUUGAGGCAGGAGUGAAUGCGCUUUCUGCUGGACUGAAGAGCCCACACUGUCAUCUGGAGACACUGAGGUUGGCCCAGUGUCAUUUUGGCCAGGACUGCUGUAUGAAGCUGGUCUCUGCGAUCCAGACGAUCUCACAUCGCCUAAAAGAGCUCGAUCUUAGUGGCAGUGAUCUGCAGAACUCUGGACUCCAUCACCUCCUAGAUGGGAUGGAAAAUACAGAGAGAAAACUUCAAGUUCUGAGGUUGAGCUGGUGUAACCUCACUGAGAAGAGUUGUGAGCACCUUUUGUUGAUUCUCAGCUCAGAUUUACCCCUGAAAGAGCUGGACCUGAGUAACAAUGACCUUCAGGAUUCAGGAGUGAGGCUGCUCUAUAAUGGACUGAAGAGUCCAAACUGUCAGCUGGAGAUACUGAGAUUGUCUGGCUGUAUGUUGACAGAGGAAGGCUGUGGUUAUGUGUCUUCAGCUCUAAGUUCAAACCCCUCACACCUGAGAGAGCUGGAUCUGAGCUACAAUCACCCAGGACAAUCAGGAGUCCAGCCUCUCAAUGACAAACUGAGGGAUCCAAACUACUCACUGCAGAUACUCAAAACUGAUCCUAUGGGUGAACACUUCAUCAAACCAGGGAUAAGAAAGUAUGCCUGCGAUCUCACGCUGGAUCCAAACACAGCUCACGUGCAGUUGUGUCUCUCCAACGGAGACAGAACGGCAACACAAGUGAUGCAGAUUCAGCCGUAUCCAGAUCAUCCAGAGAGAUUUGAACCUGUCCAACAAGUGCUGUCUAGAGAGAGUCUGUCUGGCCGCUGUUACUGGGAGGCUGAAUGGACUGGUCCGGAAGGGACAGUCGGAGUGACGUACAAGAACAUCCAGAGGAAAAACGAUGAUCUUUGUUUAGUGGAGGCCACUGGUCAGCUUGGAAACAAUGAUGUGUCAUGGAAAAUUACCUGUGGAUCUUUUCCAUAUGUUUCUCACGCUACAGAAGACAUUAAUAUAAAGACUCCGACCUCUCGUUCAUGUAAUAGAGUAGGUGUUUAUGUGGACACGACGGCUGGAGUUUUGUCCUUUUACAGUGUCUCUGACACACUCUCACACUUGUACACUUUCCUUGCAUCUUUUAAAUAUCCUCUCUAUGCAGCAUUCAAGGUGGAGAGCGACUCUGUGUCCUUUUGUCAGAUGUUGUAACCUGAAAGCCUCUUCAUCUUACCAUGUGUGCACAUUUAUCACCAGAACAUCAAAUAGAAUUUGAUAAGAUUUUAUUAAUGAAAUGCAAAGGUUCUACAUUUUACUAUAAAUGUAUAACAACAAACCACAUUUUCAGAAAUGAUUAAAGGGGCUAUAUGUAAGAUUUUCACUUUAAUAAAGCAUAAAAAUACCCCAA